GCCCCGCCCCUUUGCGCGUGCCCGGUUGUGGGCGGGGCGUCCCUGGCGGGCGGCGAUGAAGCCGGCGCGCGCGGCCGUGUGGAACGCCAGGGCCGCUCUGGUUUAUUCGCUGGGCGCCUGGAGCACGCUGGGCGCCCUCAUCUACUACAGCCGCCAGGACAAAGGCAGCACCGAGAAUGAAAGUGAUCCUGAGACAAACCAAGGGACCCACAAGGAAGUACGCACAAAGGAAUAUCCUUUUGGAUUGACAGUAACAACAGAAAUAACUUACAAAGAGGUUCAGCCUCCUCUUACUCRACUGUUACGGCGUGUGGUAUCAUUCUUUGUUCCUAAUGACGGUCCUCCUUCCGAGAAGUGAGCUGUCCAAAAGUUCAGAACACUCUGCUGGAGCUCUGAGAACCUCAUCCSAGUGUCUGGCACCAGAGCACUGCUGGAAAACUGUCCCUUGCGGUUCUGAAACAGCAGCUCUGGCCAGCUGGUGUGAAGUUGUGUUCCCAGCUGGUGUGCAGGACGUACCCAGAUGAUCCAGGAUGUACCCGGGAUGGCUCCUCAGCUCUGAGAUGGAUACUUUGGGAACCAUUAGUAAAUGGCAAGGAAUGACAUUCAAUGUUUUGGAACAACAGUUCUUCAUUGUCAGUCAAAUAAAGGCUCACAAGACAUGAGUUACA